UUAACCAACCUUAACGAACACCCUCCCUCCCUCUCUCACGCACACACAAAAAAAGAAGAAAGAAACUGCCAGCAAAUCAUUUCUUUAAUUUUUUACUCAUCUCUUUUCAAAUGAAACCCUAGCCAGUAAUCACUGAUAAUCCGAUCAAUGGCGAUCGCAUCUCCAUCCACACCAACUUUCUCUGCUUCCUUCUGUUGCAAACGCACUGUGUCAACUCACCUAAUUCGGUUCCCUUCCACCUUGUCACCUACACGAACUCGCCACCUCCCACCUCGCCGAUUCGCGAUCAGCUCGCGACUCAACUCCUCAAAAUCCUGCGGCUCCGUCUAUCCCGACAAUGGCGGAAGCGAAGAUUUCGAGCAUUACGAGCUUCAACAUGGAUUUACUGGCCCGGUGGAGCGGCGGCGGAGGGGAUCGCCAGUGUACGUGACGCUGCCGGCGGAAUUGGUGGCGGAGGAUGGAAAGGUGAGGAGGAUUAAGGUCUUGACGGCGUCUUUGAGGGCCCUGGUGACUGCUGGAGUGGAAGGUGUGGUUAUGGAGAUUUGGUGGGGGAUAGUGGAGAGGGAGAAGCCUAGGGUUUAUAAUUGGGGAGGGUAUUUGGAUCUUGUGGCGUUAGCAAGACGGUGUGGGUUGAAGGUUAGAGCUGUCUUGGCUUUUCAUCAACGUGGCACUGGACCUGGAGAUCCUUUAUGGGUUUCUCUUCCUCAAUGGGUGCUUGAAGAGAUUGAUAAAGAUCCAGAUAUAGCAUAUACUGAUCGAUUCGGUAGAAGAAACAUGGAAUACAUUUCUCUUGGAUGCGAUAUGUUUCCUGUCCUGAAGGGACGAUCACCACUCCAAGCAUAUUCAGAUUUUAUGAUGAAUUUCAGAGAUACUUUUAGAUCUUUACUUGGUGUUGUCAUUACGGGAGUCCAAGUUGGCAUGGGUCCUGCAGGUGAAUUAAGGUACCCUUCAUGUCCAUCACAGAAGCUAGCAUGGGCUUGGCACACACGUGAGCUUGGAGAGUUUCAGUGCUAUGAUAAGUAUAUGAUUGCAUCCCUGAAUGCAUGUGCUCAUGAUGCCGGAAUGCGUGAAUGGGGAUAUGGAGGCCCGAUUGGUUCUGGUAAUCUGAUGCAUGGCCCUGAGAAUACUGAGUUUUUCAAAAGCAAUGGUGGAUCUUGGAAUACCCCAUUUGGGAAAUUUUUUCUUCAAUGGUACUCUGGGAUGCUGCUGCUUCAUGGCGAAAGGAUAUGUAGAGAAGCGAAGACCAUCUUUCAGGGCACUGAAAUUGAUACUUCAGCCAAAGUGGCUGGGAUCCACUGGCAUUAUGGCAUGCAAUCACAUCCUUCUGAGUUAACAGCUGGCUACUACAAUACUUCAAGAAGAGAUGGGUACUUGCCAAUUGCUCGCAUGUUGGGUAGGUACGGUUUUGGUUUAUGCUGCUCAGGCUUUGGAAUGAGAGACGUGGAAGAAAAAAAGACAAACCCAGUCAGCAGUCCAGAGGGUUUUCUAAAACAGCUUUUAUUGGCAGCUAGGGUCUGUCACAUACCGAUAGAAGGUGAAAAUUCUACCACUUUUUUGGAAGAUGAAUCGUUUGAACAGGUGCUAAAGAUGUCAAAGUUCUACACAUAUGGUCUUGAAAGCCCCACCUUUUCUUUCAACUUUAUGAGGAUGGACAGAUACCUCUUUGAACAGCAUAAAUGGGUUCGCUUUACUCGUUUUGUGAAGCAAUUGUCAGGGGCCAAUAUUUUUCGAGCCAGAUUAGAUUUUGGAGGCGAUGUACAACCAACUUCAAUGUCAGAUGUUGUAAAAGUUAGAGCUGCGUAUACAUAUUGUUAAGGAAGGAGAUUCAACCCAUAUCCAGCAGCAAGGCAAAUCAUCUGAUGAUAUCCAAUCAAUUGUUGCCAAAUGUGUAGUGAUGCCUCACUUUCAAUCAAUUUUUUUUCUUUUAACCAUAUGCAGGGUUCUUGUGAACCAUAUUAUUUGUCCGUGUACAUCUUGCCUCCCUAAUAUUUUUGAAGUGGCUGGCGUCUCAUCAAUUUGUACUUGGAAACUUGUAAUGAUACGUAGUGCUAAUCUGUUCUGGCUGUUUAGUGAA